AUGCAAGCACUUCGCGCGCGGGACUCCCCACGCGCUGGAUCAGACGCUCCCGGGAAUGACAAUGCUGCCCCGGGCUCGAGAAACGGAGGAGGGAAGCGUAGCCGCCGCGACGUCGAUACUCAUGGUCCGCCUGGUCGCCGUGUGCAUCCGGAUCCAGCGGUGCAGAACAGCCGUCGCAGCCAAUUCUCACCGUUCGUGACACGGGCCUUACAGAGAGAGUUCCACGCUGUCCACGCGGGAGGUGUAGUGCUGACCCCAGGCGUGAAGACAUAUGCGAGCACGCUGGGCGAGGCGGACUUGGAUACCGUGGAGGUAGCGAUCGACGUGCUCAUCUUCGAGUUAGCGGACAAUUUAACAAUCGUCGGGGCGGUCACGGACGGGUCUGGUCUAGCAGGCGGGAGCACGCAGGAGCUCUUCGGCUUCUCGUAUGGCAUGCCGUUGAGCACCAUGAAGUAUGCCCGCGCGACGUCCCACAACGUCGAGCGGCACUUGUGCAUCCGUUCGGUGAAGAUUUUGGCGCGCUCCUUGUCCAGUGACCACACGACAUGGAGACGCCUAAGCUCGUCCUUCCCGUCAAUGCCAAUAGCUUUCGCCAUCACUCGCUCGACGACGGCGUCCGAUGGCCACUUUCUAAAGGAAAAUGCACCAGGGUGCGGGAGCCAUGAACUUUACACAUGGGAUGUGGUCGGCGGCGUGCCUUUCGCCAAGGAGGCGUUUGACGUCAGGCUUUAUGAGACGUUCAGCACUCGGUCAUAUGGCGGAGGUCAGAUGGUGCUGAAGAUUACGGUCGUUGCGUUCUGGGUGUUCGGGACGGAAACCCCGCUGAAGACUGGGAAGCCUUUAACGAAGAGCGGAGAGCAGAAUGACCAGGGCGUGCGCUGGUAUCACUCUCGUCUUCGCACAUAG